GGCUGCUGGGGGCGGUGACGCGGAAAGGGCGCGACGCGGCGGCGGGGUGCGCGGAGCGGAGCGGGGCCGCUCGGGCCAUGCCGCGGGAGCGCAGGCGCCGGGGGCCCGAGGGGCCGCGGCCGGCGGGGCGGGAGCGGGAGCGGGGCCGGGGCGCGGCGGAGCGGGCGCGGGGCUCGGGCUCGGGCUCGGGGCCGGGCCGGGUGCUGGCGCUGGCGGCGCUGGGCGCGCUGGCGCUGGGCUGCGCCGCGUGGGCCGGGGCCGCCUACGGGCGCUGGAGCCGGGCCGCCCGCCUGGUGACGCCGCUCGCCGCGCCCCGCGCGCUGCCCGACAGCCACAACGCCAGCGCCGCCGCGCCGCGCUUCUGGGGCUCCUACCGCCCGCACCUCUACCUCGGCAUGAAGGCGCGGAGCCCGCGCUCGCCCGUGGCAGGUCUGAUGUGGAUGCACCAGCUGGAGUCGGACGUGACGCUGCGGCACACGUGCGAGCAGAGCGACCGUCUGCCGGGCUACGGCUGGCUGCUGCACGACGGCCUGCGCUUCGGCGUGCAGGAGAUCCGCGACUUCGGCCUCGCCCUGCGCACCGACUUCGUCAAGCGCCCGGGCGGGCGGCACGGCGGCGACUGGAGCUGGCGCGUCACGGCCAGGCCCACGCAGGACACGGGCGCCCCAGCCUCGCUCGUCUCCCUCCUCUUCUACGUGGCCACGGACGGGCAGGGGGAGCUGCAGCCCCGCGUGGAGGACAAGACGCGCCUGGCGGCCGUGACCGGCACCUCGGAGGAGCUGGGCCACUUCACCGUCACCUUCCGCAAGCCCUCGGGCGCCGGCACAGCCUCGCAGCACGCCAGCUAUAACUACCUGCAGGCCACGAGCCCAGGGCUGCACCGCGUGGCCGACGUGGUGAAGAGCAGCCUGAGCAGCCGGUUUGUGCACGCGCCGCCGAGCGGCCCCCGGCAACGCUACUUCGGGCUGGACACCUACCGGGGGCCGCCGAGGGACCCAGCCAAGCCGCCCCGCACCCAGCUGCUGGUGCACCAGGUGACGCUGCACCUGCCCUGCCAGCUGGAGGUGCUUUUCGAGUCGGGCAGCGUGACGGAGGCGGAGCGCCCCAGCCCGCUGGCCGGCACCACCCUGAGCCGGGAGCUGGCCAAACACGCGAGCGCCUUCGAGCAGCGUUUCGAGGAGACCUUUGGGCUGGCUCACAAGGGCUUCUCAGCCGCGGAGCAGGCCUUCGCCCGGGCCGCGCUCAGCAAUGUGCUGGGCGGGCUGGGCUACUUCCACGGGCGGUCGCUGGUGCGGGCGCCGCAGGGCGAGGAGCCACUGCUCUACCCCGAGAGGCCGCUCUUCACGGCCGUGCCCUCCCGCUCCUUCUUCCCCCGCGGCUUUCUGUGGGAUGAGGGCUUCCACCAGCUGCUGCUGGCACGCUGGGACCCAGCGCUGAGCCGUGAGGUGCUGGCCCACUGGUUGGACCUCAUGAAUGCCGAGGGCUGGAUCCCGCGCGAGCAGAUCCUGGAUGAUGAGGCACGUGCCAAGGUGCCCCCCGAGUUCGUGCUGCAGCACCCUGAGGUCGCCAACCCACCCACCUUCUUCCUGACUCUGCAGCAGCUGCUGGCACAGGGCGAGGCAAAGCCGGCCUACCUGCGCCGCCUCUUCCCCCGCCUGCAGGCCUGGUACGACUGGUACAACCGCACGCAGGCCGGGCCGCUGCCCUACACCUUCCGCUGGCGCGGCCGUGACACCGACACCAAGCUCUUCCUCAACCCCAAGACGCUGGCCUCAGGGCUGGAUGACUACCCGCGCGCCUCACACCCCUCGCCCGACGAGCGGCACCUGGACCUGCGCUGCUGGAUGACGCUGGCCUCCAGCGUCAUGGCUGAUGUGGCUGAGCGGCUGGGCGAGCCGGCAACUGAGUACCAGCACCUGGCGCAGGCACUAAGUGACAAUGCCCUGCUGGAGCAGCAGCACUGGGCCGCGGAGCUGGGCACCUUCGCCGACUACGGCAACCACAGCCGGGCCGUGGGGCUGGAGCGCGAGCGCCUGGUGGUGCCCCCAGGGCAGCCGCGGCACCAGCUGCCUCCACCCCGCUUGGUGCGGGUGGUGCGGGAGCCGCCACGGCCACGCUUUGUGGAGGCGCUGGGCUACGUCAGUCUCUUCCCCUUCCUGCUGCAGCUGCUGCAGCCCGACUCACCACGCCUGGGGGCCAUGCUGGCCGACCUGCGCAACGAGGCCAAGUUGUGGACGCCCUUCGGCCUGCGCUCGCUGGCGCCCACCAGCCCCCUCUACAUGCAGCGCAACACGGAGCACGACGCACCGUACUGGCGCGGUCCCAUCUGGGUCAACAUCAACUACCUGGCGCUGCGGGCAUUGCACCACUAUGCCGGGCUGCCGGGGCCGCAGCAGGCGCGGGCGGCCCAGAUCUACCACGAGCUGCGCACCAACCUGGUGGGCAACCUGUACCGGCAGUACGUGGCCAGUGGGUACCUGUGGGAGCAGUACAAUGACAGCACCGGGCGCGGCCAGGGUUGCCACCCCUUCACUGGCUGGUCUGCCCUGGUAGUGCUUGUGAUGGCCGAGGAGUACUAGGGGGUAGGAGCGCGGCCCGUGCCACCAGGCUGAGCUGCUGUGAGCAGGCCCGGGGUGUGGGUUUCUGGCCCCCAGCAGCUCCUGGCCCUGCUCAUCCUUCUCAGGGUUUUUUUGUGGAUGAUGCAGCCUAGCUGCCUCUGGGGGCGGGAACCGGAUGCAGCGAUCUCCGCACCAGCUGGGCCCAGGAAGCUUUCUUAAUAAAGUGGAAAAACUUGAA